UUUUGGAUUUCACCUUUUGUGAUUUGGACAACAUGGUCCUGGCUGGCCUGAAAGUGAUAAGAGCCUCUCUCCCCCAGGCUUUGUGACACCAGUGCUGAGUCAUAGAGGUCCUGCCAGCCCCUAAGAGAAACCCUUUCUCCUUUCCUGGUGAUGCCUUUACCCCUUGGGCAGAGUUUGGCCCUAGUGCGACUGACGGAGGAAGAUGGAGUUUCUUGGAACCACUCAGACUGCCAGUUACUGUGGCCCCAAGAAACCUUGUGGUCUGACCACGCUGCCGGCAGCUAUACAGGAUCCGAUAAUCCAGGAGACCUACCAGCCCUAUUACCUGCCAGGGUACCGCUACCUCAACUGCUGGAGACCCAGCCUCUUCUACAGGAUCUCCAAUGCCCAGCCCUGUCCAGAUGAGUGCCACAGCGCACUGAGGCCACCCACCAUCCUGCCAGCACUCCGCUCUGCGCUUUUCUGUCGCUACAGCCCCCAGGACUGGGACAAAUCCAACCAGCUGCAGGUGCGUGGGGCUGAGGCCUCCCGGCUGUGGGCUGGCCGGCUGACGGGCGACUCCAUGCGGCUCAUGCAAGAUAAGGACCAGCUGACGCGCCAGAUGCAGGAGGGGACCUCCCGGAACCUGAGCCAGAGGCUGUCAGACAUUGGCUUCUGGAAGUCUGAGCUGGGCUACGAGCUGGAGCGGCUCCUGACUGAGAACCAUAACAUGGACACGGUCAAGAGGCGGCUGGAGUGUGCUGCCGAGGAGGUGAACUGUCCCCUGCAGGUGGCCCUGGAGUGUCUAUACCUCCGGGAGAAGAGGAUCGGGAUUGAUUUGGUCCAUGACAACGUGGAGAAAAACCUCAUCCAGGAAGUAGAUUUGCUAAAAUGUUGCCAAGAACGGAUGAGAAAAUUAGCUCAAAGAAUUGAUAUCCAGAUGCGGGAUAACCGAGAUGCUCAGCACGCUCUGGAGAGGGACCUUGAGGACAAAUGCUCAGCCCAGUUUAUUGAUGAGAAGUGCUUCAACCUGAGAAACACGUCGGAUUGCAUCAGCUUCUUCCAUGGCGUGGAGAGAGUGGAUGGCACGGUGUCGGUACCCGAGACCUGGGCCAAGUUCAGCAACGACAACAUCAGGCACUCUCAGAGCAUGCGGGCCAACUCCAUCCGGCUGCGCGAGGAGGCGGAGCACCUGAUGGAGACCCUGUCGGAUCAGAUGUGGCGGCAGUUUACAGACACCAACCUGGCCUUCAACGCUCGCAUCUCUGAGGUGACGGACGUGAAGAAUAAGCUGCAGACGCAGUUGGCAAAGACGCUGCAGGAGAUCUUCCAGGCAGAGAACACCAUCGUGCUGCUGGAGCGGUCCAUCAUGGCCAAGGAGUGCCCGCUGAAGGUGGCGCAGACGCGGCUGGAGUGCCGGUCACGGCGUCCCAAUGUGGAGCUGUGCAGGGACAUGCCGCAGUUCAAGCUCGUGAAUGAGGUGUUCACCAUCGAUGACACCCUGCAGACCCUCAAGCUGAGGCUGCGGGAGACACAGGACACGCUGCAGCUGCUGGUCAUGAGCAAGUCGCGGCUGGAGCACGAGCUGGCCAUCAAGGCCAACACCCUGUGCAUCGACAAGGACAGGUGCAUGGCCAUGCGCAGGACCUUCCCCAGCACGCCGCGCCUGGUGGGCUCCUGCUGAGAGCCGCUGCUGCCGGGCAGUGCCUGCUCUGGGCUGGCUUCUCACACGCCAGGAAAUUUGAAAAGGCCAAAAAACUAAUAAAAAAGUAUCAUUUUCUCCUUUUCCUCCUAUUAUGAAAUAUAUAUAAAGAGCUCAAAUAAAUGUGCC